CUAUAUAGAGACACAUGUAUAGAGAGACGAGUACUUUUGAUCAUUCUUAAGCGGAAAAAUGGUUCAAAAAUCAGAAAGCUUAUCGAAGAAGAGGAAGUGUGAUGAUCCUGAAAAACUCUCCAAGAAGCCAGAGAAAGUCAAAACCGUGAAAUCGUUACUAAAUACUUAUGAACAACAUGAGAUACCAUUACCUUUAGAGUGGCAACGAUGCCUCGAUAUAAAGUCGGGAGAAAUAUACUACUACAACACAAGGACUAAAAAGAGGACAUUAAGUGAUCCGAGAACACUAAAUCCAGAGCCAAGCUUAAAUCUUGAACUCAAUUUGCCCUGUGGAUCACUGGAAAAGAAUAAUAAUAUUCAAGAACGAGAAGAAAAUAACUUUAUGAUGAAGCAGAAUUCAUCAGGUGAUGUCGGGGCUGGCUCGGGCCUUACCCGUUCGUCUUCUUGGCUAAUAUUCGAAGGGGAGCAACAAGAAAUGGUAACUGCAGUAUGCCAAAAAUGUUCCAUGUUGGUGAUGAUGUACAAAACUUCUCCCGCAUGUCCCAACUGCAAAUUCAUGCACCAACCAGAACCAGACACAAGCUCUUCUUUGUUUAAUGAUCCGAGGUUAAGCCUCUUGUGUUAAGGAUUUCUGGGACGUGGUAUUUCCCUGCACCUCUUGGGAAAAACAAAAGAAAGGGACAUUCACAGAGAUAAAAUAUUGGU